AUGAGUACCACAAGGACACCGACUGAGCGAUCGGGAAAGCCUGUCAAACUAAGGGCCAGCUGUGAUUUCUGCGCCCUGUCGAAGGUCAAAUGCGACCGUGGCCAGCCGCAUUGCGUCCGGUGCAUCAAGAGCGGCGUUGUCUGCAACUAUAGUGAAUCCCGUCGCAUUGGCAAAGCCUGGCACCACUGCGCAUCUUCGAGAUCUACUAGUUCUAGAAACGAAGACACACGGGGAAAGAAGCAGGCGAUAUCCCAGCAUCCACAAUUGGGGGGAAGUCACCAAGACAGUCGAACCCCGAGUACAUCUGACGAUGCCAUGUCGCCAUAUGAUCCUUACCAGUCAUCUAACUAUGCGACGCCGUUCAGCAUGUUCCAUACUCUGCCUUCCGACGUUCCCGAGUCCACUAUAGGAUCUCAAACUCACAUUGGAUCCUACCCUUGUCUUGAAGGAACGGUGGUACCACUUCGAAGCCCUGAGUCAGCUGACAUGUCUCUUCCUGAUAUCCCACACGUGGCACAAUUACGCACGAAUGGGAUGGAGGGGGAAUGCCCUGUAGACCCACGCGGCAAUCCCUCGUGGGAUGCGAUUAUGGCUGAACAUGCUAUUGGCGUCGGCGAUACUGGAGACUGCAUUACACGCGCAGCCUCGGUCUUGCAGACCAUGCGUGACCCGCGGACAUCCUGCAUACGAUCGGGAACUCCUCCGCUGAAUCAUCCACAGUCGUUGGAUGCGACACUCGAUGACGGUCGUACGGCGAUGGAAACGGUGAAGGAGAUCUUGGCUUGCCCUUGUGCUCAGGGGCUACGCAUCGCUCUCUUGUUGGUUCUUAUCAUCCAGCAGGUUUUGGAAUCCUACGAAGCCCUCCUAUCACAACAACAUGAGACAUCACGAGAUGAGUCACCCCUGAGCAUGAACCUGUCUACUUAUGAUACCCCGAUGGCUAUUGGCCGAUACCUCUUGGACAAUGAGUUACGCUCGAAGAUUAUUGCUCAGGUGCUUUCGUCGGAGCUCGAGAAGAUCGGAUCGAUCCUAGCCAUUUUGGCCCGGUAUGCACAGGGCAUGGAUCAUCAGCCCGAUGAGCUAAUCUUGCAGACGUAUAUCGACUCAUUGCAAACGGCCCGAGAAAAGGCUCUAAAGUCAAUUCAGCAGCAGGAUGACUUUUAG